CAACACACGUAAACGCAGUGGCAGCAGCGCUGGUCUCGGGCAAUACACGAAGUGUUUACAGCGAUCCCAACUGCCGACGAUGCUGCGGCGCAAGCCCACCGGGUGCUGCGCGUCUCUAAGGCACGAACCAGCCAUCAUCCUCUAAGUUGACAAUCCCUACCGCAACCAGCUAUCGUGCUCCUCUAAAGACAUGCAACCGGCUAUCGUGCUACUCCUUUAAAGCCAUGCAACGAGCUCUGCUGCUCCUACUCGGAGCGGCGGCCGGCGCCGUCGAGAACGCCUUGCACGAUUCGCGUGCGGCCUUAGGCGACGCCAAGCCGUGCUGCGGGCACUGCAAGCGGUGGCACUACCCCUGCCCCCCUUCCAUGCACAAGGGCGCGUCGCCGACGCUGGUGUCCUGGGAGGACUUCACGGCGCCGCUGCCGCCCGGCGCGGAAGUGGAGAUCCCGUGCGGCACGCGCGUGGAAGUCAGGACGGACCUCAAGGCCAAGAUCGGCGGGCUGCGCGUCCGCGGUGAGCUGGCGUUCAUGGACGGCGCCGACGUCGAGCUCGAGACGCCGCAUAUAUACGUGUGCGGUCUGUUCGCGGCGGGGACGGUCAAGAAGCCGUACGAGUCGUCGCUCGUAAUAACGCUCUCUGCGGGCGACGACGCGGCCGCGCUGGACGAGGACGGUAUCGACUACGGCACCGAGGCCUUCGCGGUCUUUGGGGGCCUCAUCUUCCUGCGGGGCACGGCGUGCUCCGACCCGCGGGUCUAUACAGAGCGCGCCGCGGUCGCGCGGGGCCUCGUCCCGCGGACGACGUGGACGCGGCUGAAGCGGCCGGCCCUCCCGGGCGAUGCCAAGGUCCGCGUCGCGGGCGUCGACGCGACGGAGGUCGCGAGGGUGGGCGCCCGCCUCGCGAUCGCCUCGACGGAUUGGGACGACGCCCUCACCGAGACGCGGAACGUGGUCGCCUCUCGAAGAACGACCGGUCUCGGCGUGGAGCUCACGCUCGACGCGCCCCUCACGUUCGCCCACGGCGGCACCGAGCCCGUCGCGGCCGAGGUCGCGUCGUUAUCGCGCAACAUAGCCAUCGUCGGCGCGCCCGGGUGUGCGCAACGGGCGCCGAAGCCGCGCUGCGGCCACGUCAUAAUCAGCCACACGCCCCACGGCGUCGUGUGCGGCGUGGAGUUCUCGAACCUUGGGGCGCACACGACGCUCGGGAAGUAUCCACUGCAUGCCCACAUGUGCGGCAACGCCUCGUCGCUGGCGUUCGCGGCGAACGCGAUCCACAAGACGUAUCACCGGUCCCUCGUGGUCCACAGUACGAGCGACGCGCUCUUCGCGCACAACGUGGCCUACGACGGGACGGGGCACAUGUACGUCCUCGAGAACGGCCUCGAGCUGCGAAAUUUAAUCGUGGGCAACGUCGGCAUGGUGACCUGGCCGCCCGAGCCGGCGUGGUCCUGCCCCGGCCACAACCGCCGACGGCGCGUCGGAUUUCCCAAAGGCGACCCCACCCUCCUUCGCGGCGUAGACCUUGGGCGCGACUCCGUCGAUUUUCUUGCGCUGUAG